CGCCAAACCCCUAAUCGGUGCCGACCACCAAAUCCUUAUCCUCUCCUCGUUCCUCCUCCGUUCGCAUGGCGAGCAUCGUGUGCUUCACCUCCGCCGUCAACUCCAUCACCUCUCCGUCCAAGGCUUCUAGCUCCACUUCUGGUCUAUCUCCCAAGUCCAAUCUCCCCUUCCCAAACCCCACUCACCAUGGUGCGGUCUCGAGGUUCCAGCCCCUCAGGGUUAAGCAGGCUACUGAAAGCAGUACUAAUAGUGGCACGAAACGAAACAGCAUCGUCUGCGCUGAGUGUGAUGGGAAUGGUGCAAAACUAUGCACGCAAUGCCAAGGCACCGGUGUGAACUCUGUUGAUCACUUCAAUGGUCGAUUUAAAGCUGGAGCAUCGUGUUGGCUUUGCAGAGGUAAGAAGGAGAUCCUAUGUGGGAACUGCAAUGGUGCUGGCUUUUUAGGUGGCUUUAUGAGCACAUUCGAUGAAACUAGUGGAUAACUUGUCAAGAUGCCCAAUGGUCAUGUUGUGAUUACUGGUUAUCGAAAAAUCUAGGUUUCUCUUGUUGAGCAUUGGACUUAGUUUGCCUGAAUCUUUGUGGGAGGCAUUUGAAUCUUCUGCUUAAUUAGAUCCACUUAUGUAUUUUAACAAUUACCAAUUCAUUUGCAAAGCCUACUACUACUGUACGUUGUUUACUUGACAUUAGAAGUUGAUGUGGGAAGACAUGUA